AUGACGAAAACAUCCGCCGCGGCGCGUCAGCCCCUCAAAAUCCUCAUGCUCCAUGGCUACACACAGUCGGGCAAUCUAUUUCAUGCGAAAAGCCGUGCACUGAUCAAACACAUCCAAAAGGCAUUCCCAUUACACGACGUCUCAGCCAGCUACCCCACCGGUCCCAUCCACCUCAAACCAAGCGACAUCCCAGGCUACGAGCCCUCCAACCCAUCCAGCGUCGAUCCCGACGAACCAAUAGAAUCAUACGGCUGGUGGCGCCGCUCCAACACCGCAAACCCACCCCUAUACUCCGGGAUUGAAGACGGUCUAGCAACGGUCGCCAAGACGCUCACCGAGGAAGGGCCCUUUGAUGGCGUGAUUGGGUUCUCGCAGGGAGCCGCAUUGGCCGGCAUGGUGGCUGCGCUAUUGGAGCCAGGGCGGAAAGAAGCAUUUGCGCAUUUCGAAACUAGCGGGGAGGGGCUUGCCUUCCCUGCAUCAUUCGGUGAUGCGGUAGGAUUCUCGCAUCCGCCGUUGAAAUUUGCGGUGUGUUAUAGUGGAUUCCGGGCGCCAGGGGCUCGGUAUCGUGGAUUCUAUGAGCACCCGCCUAUUCAGACGCCUUUGUUGCAUGUUCUUGGGUCUUUGGAUGCGGUUGUGGAUGAUGCGAGGAGUCGGGCGCUGAUUCAUGCUUGUGUGGGUAAUCCGGAGAAGGAUGGAUCGGUGGUUUGGCAUCCUGGUGGUCACUUUGUGCCGAGUCAGCGGCCUUAUCUGGAUGCUGCUGUGCAGUUUAUUCGGAAACAGGUUGAGAAGAGCGCUGCCAAUGGUACGGCGAUUGAGGAAGAGGAUGUGAAUGAUAUGGUUGUGCCAUUUUGA